GAAUCACAAAUAAAAGCUAUGGAUCUCUCUCCCGCUUGUCUUUUUUAAUCAAUUAAAGAAAAAAAUAGUUUUCAUGAAGUGCAGUCGAACAGGGACACACAGAAAGGGGGGAGCUGUGCCUCCACGCAGAAUGAUUGAGGGAGGCGGAGAGGAAACAGAGCUCUCCAUCAGAUCAAAUGAGGUGAAAAUAAUUCAGGCAUUAAUCAAAUGAGAACGAAAAGGAGGGUUUUUUCUUUUUUUUUUCUUCUUUUUUUCCUACGGAAGCUGAAAAGAGAAGGUGUGAAUGAAAAACGUGUGACUGCAAGAUAGAGGCAAAAAAAAAAAAACGACGCUUUUCAAAUAAUGUCUCAUGGAAAUAUUGCUUUUUCGGCAGACCAGAAUGGAGCUAUUCCUGGUGAAGAAAUGAAGAAAGAUGAAAAUGUACGACGUGGAAACUGGGGCAACCAGAUUGAAUUUGUUCUGACAAGUGUUGGCUAUGCGGUUGGACUCGGAAAUGUCUGGAGAUUUCCGUACCUCUGCUAUAGAAAUGGAGGAGGUGCAUUUAUGUUCCCAUACUUCAUCAUGUUGGUGUUCUGUGGGAUUCCUCUGUUUUUUCUGGAGCUGUCCUUUGGUCAGUUUGCCAGUCUUGGCUGUCUUGGGGUCUGGAAGGUCAGCCCUAUUUUUAAAGGAGUUGGCUAUGGCAUGAUGGUUGUUUCCACAUAUAUUGGUAUUUAUUACAAUGUGGUGAUCUGCAUUGCUUUCUACUACUUCUUCAUGUCCAUGACGAACCUCCUGCCAUGGACAUACUGUAAUAAUCCAUGGAAUACACCAGACUGCAGUGGGGUGGUGGGGGGUGGAAAUUACUCCAAUGGAUCUUCUGCUACUUUAAUGGCUAAUGUGUCUGCAAUGAUAAACCACACAGCAAAGAGGACAAGUCCAAGUGAGGAAUAUUGGAAAUACUACGUACUUAACAUUUCUGAUGACAUUGGAAACUUUGGAAAUGUAAGGCUUCCUAUUCUGGGCUGUCUUGCUUGCUCUUGGACUGUUGUCUUCCUCUGCCUUAUCAGAGGAGUCAAAUCUUCUGGAAAGGUGGUUUACUUUACAGCCACGUUCCCUUAUGUAGUUCUUACAAUCCUUUUUGUCCGUGGCAUCACACUGGAAGGAGCUAUAAAUGGUAUCAAGUACUACUUGACCCCUCAAUGGAGCAUAAUCCUGGAUGCCAAGGUGUGGGGAGAUGCUGCUUCCCAGAUUUUCUACUCUCUUGGCUGUGCUUGGGGGGGACUAAUCACCAUGGCAUCAUAUAACAAAUUCCACAAUAAUUGCUACAGAGACAGCAUUAUUAUAAGUGUGACAAACUGUGCAACUAGUGUCUAUGCAGGCUUUGUCAUCUUCUCCAUCCUGGGUUUCAUGGCACACCAUCUUGGGGUUGAUGUUUCUCAAGUGGCAGAUCAUGGGCCUGGGCUGGCCUUUGUAGCUUAUCCAGAAGCCUUGACCCUGCUCCCCAUCUCUCCUUUGUGGUCCCUUCUGUUUUUCUUCAUGUUAAUUCUUCUUGGACUUGGAACACAGUUUUGCCUUUUGGAAACACUGGUUACAGCCAUUGUGGAUGAAAUUGGUAGUGAUUGGAUAAUCAAGAAUAAAACAUUUGUUACCCUUGGAGUUGCAAUUAUAGGUUUCUUGCUUGGCGUGCCACUAACUACACAGGCUGGGAUCUAUUGGUUAUUACUCAUGGAUAACUAUGCUGCCAGUUUCUCUCUUGUCGUUAUAUCCUGCAUUAUGUGUGUAGCCAUUAUGUAUAUAUAUGGAUAUCGCAAUUACUUCAAAGAUGUUGAGAUGAUGCUGGGCUUUCCUCCUCCAAUCUUUUUCCAAAUCUGCUGGAGAUUUGUUUCUCCCGUCAUCAUCUUUUUCAUUCUAGUGUUUACAGUUGUGCAGUAUAAGCCUAUUACGUACAAUGACUAUACCUACCCUAACUGGGCUGUGGCUAUUGGAUUCCUUAUGGCUCUGUCCUCAGUCAUAUGCAUUCCAGGCUAUGCCCUUUUUAAAGUCUGUACGUCAGAAGGAGAAACAUUUUUGGAGCGCUUAAAAAAUGCUACUAAGCCAGAUAGCAACUGGGGACCUGCCCUUCGGGAGCACCGGAGUGGACGCUAUGCACCAAUGUUGAACACCGAUUUGGACUUGAGCAAAGAGGAUCAGUCCAUUCAUCCUGUAAAGAAGCCAGAGGAAAUAAGCCUCACCAUCCAGGGAAGCAAUGGCUCUGCGCAUAAUCCUGGUGCCAAUGCAUAGAACCAGGUGGCUCAUGUAAAACAUUUUACACUCAGAACAGUGGAUAGAGACAUUCUUGGUGAAAAUGAACCCUUUACAUAUUGUAAAGGCCUAUUAUUUCUAAUCUGUAGAGAUUUGGUUGUCAGUUAAAUGUUUUCUGCAUAAUUUAAUAUUGCACAGUUCUUUAAAAAGAAUUUUUUUUUAUGCAUGAGGAACUAUUGCAUUAUAUCCACACUAUCUGUACAUAAUAUGAAAAGUGGGGCUGCAUUAUUUUCUGCUUUGUAUAAAAUCCAAAUGUACUACAGUAUCAUGCCUCGUCUAUGGCAGUUUGUACAGUGGUAGGGUCAGGGAUUUUGAUAGUUGGAGAGCAGGAAUAUCCGAUUAAGAGCAGAAGCUUAACUCAGACGAGAAUGGAUAAGAUAUCUUAAUUUUGGUAAAUAUCUGAAUAAAUUAUUUCAGUGCUAGCAUCACAAACAUUUUAUAACUUUUUGUUUCCAUCUUGCAAAACUUACCCACAAAGUAAAUGUAAACUAAUUGUGUUUUACAGAUUAUAUUACCAUUAUGAUAAAGUUGCAUAUUGUUGUUUGCUAUUUUGAACCCCAGUGGUUUUUAAUGCUUGAUAUUAUAAAACAAUCUUGAAAGUGACUAAAAAUCAUUAUUUUAAUGAAAUUAUACAUUCCUGUGUAUCAGUUCAGUUUUGGAUAUAUAUAUAUUUACACCAACUUUUAUACAGUAUCAAUGCUGGCUUUCAAAAUAGCAAAUUAAAUAGUUUAAAGCACUUUUUGAAAUCUUGUCUUGGGUGUCAGGGCAAAGUCUUCUUUUCAAAUCCCUAAUUCCAGGGAAGAGAAUAUUUUUGACAUUGAUCGAAAGGAUAUAUAAAAAAAUAAAAACGAAAAACAAUGGAGGCAAGACUCAGGACAAUAAAAAAAAAAUGUAGUCUUCCAGUAAGUCACUGUUACCUUGGUAUAUUGGAACUGUGGGUUUUUAUUGCAUUAAGAACAAUGCCAGGUCAAGUUACAGAGAAAAUAACACUGCCACUCUAUUGUCCUGGUCAGAAGUGUCUCGUACUCCUCUGAUCAUCAUCAUCAUCAAAGUUCUAAUUUUUUUUUUUAGAUAUUUUUAACAAUUCUUUCAAGACAUACUGAGGCUGUAAAAGUUAUAGUUUAUUAGAGACAGUGCUUUAAAGUAUUAGAGGUAUUUUUUACUGGUGAUAAAUUAUGCAUUAGAAUAAUUUCGUGUUCAAAAUUGCUGUCAGACAAGAAUAUUGAUUCAAUUGAACAAAAAAGAAAAUACUUAUAAUGUUUUUAUGGAAAGGCAAAAGUUAACUUUUCUGAUGAAUCAUUCAUUAAGUUAACAUGCUGAUUUGUUUGAUGGCAUAUGUGAAAAUUUUAAUUCCAUAGGAAUUUCUAACCUAAAGGCAUGCUCAGAUUAUUAUAUUUUUCAUAUGAAUGGAUUUUAUUAGUAGUAAUGUAGUAACAAUAAUUUUUGGUUCUAUUACAAAGUAUUAUGAAAAGUAGACCGAUUUCAGAAAAUGACAUUCUGCUAUGACUGAUGUUUAUUUCUGUAUGGAUUUUGUUGCCAAAUGCUUGAAUGUGUUUUAAGGGGCCAAACACAGCAAAACUGGGAUUUUCAGGAGGAUAGAGCUACUAAAACAACAACACAGUAGAAAAGAUUUUUUGCCAAUGUAGCCGAGUCUCUUUCAUUAUUCUCUAGGUGGUAAUACCAUUAUUAACCCAGCCCUGGCUUAGAAUAUCACAUGCAUGUUCAGUUACUUGUUCAACCAUAUAUAUCGGUUCAUUUCUGAUUUCUUGUAUGACAAGACUGAAAACGGAACUGACGUUUAACACUACAUGGACAGCUACAGUGUUCCUGUAACUGAGUCGCAGCACAGUAUGAGGCUAUGCACAAAUACUGUUAUUGAUAGAACAGCUUUUUUUCUGAUUUUCGGAUUUAUGGUUAUGGGGAUAUUUAACAAAACUAAUUUGAAUUUCAAAAGAAUCUCUAUAAUUAUGUUUAUAGAUAUAUAUGUACUGUGUAUUUUUCUACCUAUUCUUGAUUGAUAAUGAUACUCUAUGUAUUUUCAGAUUUACUAAGCAAUAACAUUUGUCAAUAUCUAAGAAACAACUGGCACUCAAGUAACCUGGGGAUGAUGGCAUUUAUUUGAUUGUUGAACUCUUUUAAGGCAGAAGUGUAGAGCAAUAUGGUCCAGUUCAGCUUUAACUCAGACAGAAUGUGGCUUGUGUUUGUUGUGCUUUAAUGGACAGACAUAUGGUACAGUAUUUAGUACUGUAAAGGUGCUUUUGACAAAUUUGCACAAAUAGUGAAGUGCUCAUUACACAAGUCUGCUGUGUGCAAAGUAAUUCUACAGCAGACUGGGAGCCUUCAUGGCAUAUUUUUUUAAAUCUCUUUGCAGACUAAUUAGUGCUUCCAAAAUUAAUGUGCUCCUUUUAUUUCUUUAAAGCAUAUUUCUCUGCAAUGAAUUACUAGUCACAAUUCAAUAAUAAUUAAACCUAAAAACGUGUGUCUUGUGCAUCAGCGUUAUAAUUCAGACACUAUCAUUUGGUAUAUUAACAAACAUUUUUAUGUGCAUUAAUGUUAAAAAGGUUCAGUUCAUAUUCAUCACUGUGCUAAGCAACCCUUCUAAGGUUUUCUUCAGAAGAACACUGUUAAAGUGAAGACAAACACCUAAAAUAUUUCCAGUUCGAGUUGUUACUGUACAAUUAAAUAACUUGAUGAAAACUAGCAAUAACUGAGAGUUGUGGUAAAAUAACAUUAUAUUUUUUAAAACAUGUAAGUAGUGUACUGCCAUGUGUGCAACAUGUUUACUGUAAAGGUGAAAAACUCUUUAGUUUUAGUAAUAUUUUCCUACUGUAGAUUGCAUACCUUGUAGGACACGGUCUUCAAAUAUCAUUAUAAAGAUAUAAUGCUAUGCUAGCCAAGGCCUACUUUAGGGUUUCUAAGCAUUACAUGCAGAUUAAAUGAUGCACAAUUUUGGAUUUGAACAUUGAUAAUUUGAAAGGGUUACUUUAAUACACAUUGGUAAUGCUUACAAUAUUGCACAGUAUUGCUAAAAAAAGGUACGAUAUUUGUGUUUUAUGCACAAUAUAAUACAGUAAUAUGUAAAAUAUUGCAGAAUUUUGCAAUAAUCUGCAUUUGUUCUAUGGCAAAAUAAAAAAGUGAUAUCAAUAUAAAUACUCAAUUUCAUCAGCAAUGUUUUCACGAACCAGUAGUGCUAAGGUAUAGGAAAAUACCUUGAGUCUGUAUUAAAAACAGUAAAAUAGUGAAAUAAUACUGUAUUUUAGGAAUCAUGCUUCAUUAAAAACACUCAUACAUGUACAAAUGUAAUUGUACUGUAAUGUAGAUUUCUCAUAGUGAAAAAUUCCAAAGUUAAUGGGAUGCUUGGUACAGUGGAAUGAAAAAAAAGUAAAACCAGAUAAACCCCGUAAAAACAUAAAAAGUUUGCACAUGCAUACAUCUAUUGAGGAGAGGACUCAGGAAGGUGAGGCAAGGCCUCAAUUGUACUGCUGCCUUCAAGUAGAGCACAAGAAGUACUCUCUUCUGUUCUGCAGUAUUUACAACAGGAGAGAAGACAUUUGAAAACUGUAGUCUCUAAAUCCCUCUCUAGCUUUGCUAAGCACUAGGCUGAUGAGCUUGUCCUGCAUAAUGUCAUUUCAUACAUCAAGAAGCAGACACUCAGAAAUUACGUUGUACAUGGAUUGGACAUAGAUAGAUAGAUAGAUAGAUAGAUAGAUAGAUAGAUAGAUAGAUAGAUAGAUAGAUAGAUAGAUAGAUAGAUAGAUAGAUAGAUAGAUAGAUAGAUAGAUAGAUAGAUAGAUUAUUAAUCACCAAGGGGAAAUUCACAUACUCCAGCAGCAGCAUACUGAUAAAAAACAAUAUUAAUUAAAGAGUAAUAGAAACACAGUGCAAGGUGGAGAGUGCGAGGCAGGUAUAACAGUCAAUAAACAGUCUUUCUUAAAAAUGGAAGAUUCUGGGUAACACUUUAGAAAACUAACUACAUUAUUUGGCAGUUACACUGUACAACAUUAAACAUCUUUCAUGGUAUUACUGCCCAAAAGGUGCCUUAUUAGGUAAAUAUAAAGUAACAUUCUUUUGCAGAAAUUAUGCAAUUCUAUAGUAUAUAUGUGCUAAUACAAUUGAUCAGUGUGCGUAAUAAUAAAUGUAUAAUAUACAUUUUUCUUCUUUCAGAUCUUUAAGAAACAGUACCAUUUUCCUAAUAAUGGCUAUUUUUGGUUUUAAUACCUGAUGCCUCUUCUCGACAAAGUCUAUUGGAAACAAAUAAAUGCAACGUAAAACAAAACUGCACCAAGUUCAAAGUGAAUUACGCUUGCCCAUUUAACAAAGGUGUAACUUGAGCAUAAUGGCAGCAGUCUAAUAACUUGAACACUUUCUCUGAAAUUGUAAUUUAUCAGUGAACCCUUUUGUAGUCUUGUCAUAGCACAGCUUUGUAACUCAACAUUCAAAAUAAACGGCAAAUGUGAUUCUCUUCUAUGCACCAUGUGCUUUACUUUUACAAUACUGCCAAUGUGCGCUGCCGGAAUUUAUAAAUCUUCUGAUAUUGGUAUUUUUAGUGCCAACUACUGUUCAACUGCUGCCUUGUUUAUCAAUGCAAACAUAAAGAUGUUAACUAUAUUUUUAUACCUUUAAUUAGGAGAAGAAUUAAAUCAGGGGCAUCUGUUUGUUCUGAUCCGUCACCAGCAAAAUAGGCCCACUGCCCAAUGGCCCCACAGUCUCUCAUUAAAGGAACCGGCAAUGUUAAUGUUGCAUGAUAGUAACAAACAUCUUAAAGAAGUCACAGAGCACACUUAUCGAAAUAGCUACACAUGUUUGGUUCCAGAAAUCUUUUUUAAUUAUCCAAAACUUUUUUUUUUCCAUUAAUAAAAUAUCGGUUAUUCAGGGAUUAAUUCCAGCUUACCUUAAAUGUAUCUGAAUGCCUCAUUGUGUUCACAUGAGAUGACAAAAGCUGCUGACAGGCCAUUCAUGUAUAGUGUGUGGUCAGUUCGGAGGGCAGGCCAGUCAAGUGGAGGGACCCAUGCUUGGGAAUGGCUUGAUUUACCUCUUAAGCUCUGGUAGCUUCAUUUUGAUGUCUACUGUCCUUUAACUCAACUCUUGGCUAACUGUGUCUAGUACAGACUUUGUUGCAUGUAGUUGUCGCUUUUGUAAUCUUUCAAUAUUUAAGAUGUAGCAAAAUACUAAAACGAAAAAAUAUCUGUGUAUAUUUUACGGUGUAGAGAACUGGAAAUGUCUCUGUAAAGUAUUGUUAACAGCAAGCACUGCACAGCACUGCAGUAUCGUGCUUUUUGUUUCCCUGAAACUGGUGCCUGCUGUAUAUAUAAUGUAUAUAUUCAUAGCACCCCCCCCCCCCAAACAAACUCUUAUUUCAUGUUGGACAGUAUUUAGUUUUAAGGUGGAGAUAAAGAUGCAAGGUAUCAAAAACCAAAAGAGAGCCUGAUAGUGACUCUUGUGCAGCCCAAGUUUACAGUUACAGUUUGAGGUGUUUCAGCUCACAGUAUAUGGGAAUGGGAAGCAAUUCAGUAAAGCAAAGUGGGGUGGUCACAAUAUAUACAUAUAUAUUUAUUGUAUUUAAUGCUUGUAUUUGCUUUGUGUUUCUCAGUAAUGACCAUUUUCUUUUGCUGUUUUCAAAAGCAACAAUUUUGUAUACAGUAUUACUUUGGUCUGUGUAUAUUUUACAAGGUUACAGUGCAAACGUAGUUCCAUGUUCCAUAGUUGUUUGUAUUUGUCUGUGUGACUCUCCCAGAUGUGUUUCUUCUUCUCGUUUAUCAAGGAUCAACUUGUUAGAUGUUUAUUGUAACGUCUGUUGUUUAGCUGAUCCUGCACAAACGGAUAUUUCAUCUGUACUUUGUACAUUUCAAAUAAGACCUUUGCAUCCCUAACUUUGUACAGUACAAUUCAAAAAGGUGGUGAAGCCAAUGGAAAGAGAGAUGUCGAGAAUGUCCAGUUUGUGCUAGUGGAUCAACCAAAAUAAAGAAACAAAACGAUGCAUUCUCCACCAGAGACGAUGAGUACUUGCUAAGCGGUGGGCCAAGUCGUGAGCGGCGCCUGCACCAGGGUACACCUGUGGUCGUAAUUUGCAAUAAUGUUUUGUCAUUCGUGCAGAAUUCCAGCAAGAGAACUGGUAUUAGUUUUAGCUUUCCUCUUCAGAUUAAGCCUAUGCAAUGCAUUCUGAUGCAGCUCAUUUAGUUUUGUGGUUUUUCAAGUGGAUGUCCGUCACAUUCCAAGCCUAUUUUAUACGACAAAUAUUCAUGCGGUAAUUAUCAGGAGAGCACAACUGUUGUGUGACAACGUUAUUCAAACCAAUAGUGCUGCUUAAAACAAAAAAUUGAUUUUCAUGUAUUCACAAAAGUGAUGAAAUAAAUAAUAAUAAUGUACUGCGUUUAUUUUUAUAUAAUAAAAUAAUUUUUAAGAUUCCACUCACAACGUUUUAACGAAAAUGAAUUUAAAGUUCCUAAAUGUUUGCACUGUCGAACCUUCCAAUCAGGAAAAUGCUAGGUUUGCAAAGGAACAAUACUUUUAUCUUUUUAAAUAUAACAGAAUGAAAAUGCUGUUUUUUUUCUUUUGUUUGAAAAAUUGUUAUAUAUCUUAUUAACAAACUGGUAUUGUUCUGAAAGAAACUGGAUUUUUUUUUUUUAUUGAUGACAUAACUCCUUUUUAUUAGCUGUCUGUAACAGUUAUGCUUGUGGUGGAAAAAUUCCCAUUUUGAAAUUUGUGAUUAGGUAUCAUCAUGAGGUUCUUAUUAUGGACUCACCGCUAUCCCAGAGUCGACGUUUAGCGUCAUAAAGAACAGUGGUCUGUCUUGUGGUGUUUACCUUGAACGUAGUCCUUUAUAACACAGCAUGAGGAUGUCAGUGUUUGUACUGUGUCACUAUAUCAUGAUGUAAAUUUGUAUUUUUCAUUUGAAGAAAAAAUGAGACUCCAUACUAGCUUUAAAAAGAAAAAUAUCUAUGAUGUGUACAUCUAUACCGUAUUGUUAUCAAGGUCUUUUAGAUAUGUGAAUAAAGAAUAGUUAUUAACCAAGAAA